AUGGCGCUGCAAAUUAUUUUCGAUUACGUUCUCGCUUUCCCAAAUAACUUGGCCGUCAUCCUCGGUUUGGCCAUUUUAUAUUGGGUUGGCUACUCCAUAUACUCCGUGUUCUUCCAUCACUACUCCGACAUCCCUGGUCCGUUCUGGGCAAAGGUGUCGAGAUUAUGGCUGGCGAAGCAGGUUCUUUCGGGAACAGUCGACCAGACCCAACGAGCUUUGCAUGCGAAAUACGGUAGGAAACCAGUUGAUGCAUGCGAAGAAAUUAAAUUUGAUCCUGUAUGUGUAGGCUCUAUCGUUCGAAUCGCUCCCAACGAGGUCAGUAUCUCGGACCCCGACGCCAUCAAGACCAUCUACGCCGUCAAGAAUGCCUUUUCAAAGACCGACUUCUACACGCCAUUCGCACCUCAUCUAUCACCGAACGAGGAUCUCUUCACUCAAAGGGAUGAGAAACACCAUUCAUACCGGCGGCGCUUCGUCAACAACAUCUACUCCCUAAAGAGCGUCCUCGAGUCAGAACCCUUCAUCGACCAGGUCACCUCCGUCUUUAGGACGCGAUUAGAUGAGUUUGCUGUUUCGGGACAGAGUAUCGACCUUGGUCUCUGGCUGCAAAUGUAUGCCUUUGAUGUCGUCGGGGAACUGUUCUAUGGGAAACAGUUUGGCUUCCUCAAGAACAGUCACGAUUACGAGAACUACAUCGACUCGUUGGACGCGCUGCUUCCGGCCCUGUCGACCAUCUGUGUGCUUCCCGCCUACGUCCGACCACUGAAAGUCUUCGGCUCCCUUGUUCCUCAGAUCCGAAAGGGAAAAAUAUGCUACGACAAGAUCGUUCUCGCUGCGAAGCAAGUCGUGAAGGAGCGACAGCAGCUCAUGAUGACUGACAAGAGAUGCUCUCAUUUCAGAACUGACAUUCUCGACAAGCUGUUUCAACUCUCGGCCGAUAAGGAAGACUUCUCCAUCCCUGAUAUAGAGACCGAGGCUUGGGUUUCCAUCUUUGCAGGCUCGGACACGACUUCAAUCGCAACACGCUCUAUCCUCUAUCACCUGCUGAUGACCCCUGACGCACUUGCUAAGCUCACCAAUGAAGUCGACAACGCUGUAGCAGACGGCACUCUCAGCGAUCCCAUCAAGCACUCCGAGGCCGUCAAGCUCCCCUACCUGUCAGCAUGCUGCAAGGAGGGCUUCAGGGUUCAUCCAAGUGUCGGGAUGUCUAUGCCUCGACAUGUUUCUGAGCCUGGAGCUACCAUCUGUGGCCGAUACUUUGCACCGGGGUAUCGCGUAGGCAUGAGUGCUGCGGUUGUUCACUGGGACAAGAGCAUCUUUGGCCAAGAUGCUGACGUCUAUAACCCGGAUCGAUGGCUACGACCUGAAGGAAAGGAAAUGGAACGUUAUCUUUUGCAUUUCGGAGCUGGAACACGGACGUGUAUUGGCAAAAAUAUCGCCUUGGCAGAGAUCUACAAGUUGAUCCCGGAGUUGGUACACCGUUAUAGAUUUAAGGUUAUCGAACCCGAGAAGGUACAGAAACAUAGCUUCUGGUUCUUCAAACAGACGGGAUUCAAUGUCAGGGUACAUCGACGUGAGGGAGUGAAGGGUGGUCUCUUGGUUCAGUAG